AUGGCUUUGAACCAGGAAAUGGCUUGCGUUUACGCUGCUCUCAUCCUUCAGGAUGAUGAGGUCGCAAUCACUGGAGAUAAGAUUGCCACUCUUCUCAAGGCCGCUAACGUUGAAUUUGAGCCGUUCUGGCCCGGACUCUUCGCUAAGGCUGUCGAAGGAGUUGAUGUGAAGGUGCGCUGUUGA